CAGGGAGCAAAUGUGUUUUUGAGAGUCCGGCAUUAUCUGGUUUAUAUCUUAACAUCGUGAUCGUUAGUUUUGGGUGACUGAAUUUGAGGUGUUUAUUCGCAACCUAUACUCACACAAGUAUCGAUACGUCCAUGUGAAUACUAUAGCUAUAGACCUAGGCUACUGUAGGCUAUCCUGUACAGUAGGCUAUAGUAACCUACAAGCGCUAGGCUACUGUACACUUUAACUUACAUUUGUAUUGUCUUGCACAUUUACGUUUUUAAAUGUUAUUUUGGGAGUCCAAGUGUUCUAAUCAUGCUCAGAAGGACUUAGCUGGUUGCGUUUACCUGUUUUUACAAGAGUGGCAAAGCACCCAUUUAAAAGCUGAUGUGAGUAACCCUGUAGAGAUGCGAUAGUAUUCUGCUGCGGCAUUAGCGUCCUGCUACAGUUUCACCCGUGAGAUCACUGAAUGGCUUCCUUCAUCAGGAUGGACCGGAUGAGUGAGGAGGCGCUGCGGCUCAAUCUGCUGAAGCGUGGACUGGACGCCGCUGCUGCCGCCGCCGCCGCCGGCCACGAGCGGGCCCAGGACGAGCUGCUGGCCAAGCGGCUGAAGGUCGAAGGUCACGAGGCCAUGGAGCGCCUCAAGAUGCUGGCUUUGCUCAAGCGCAAGGACCUGGGUGGCCUAGAGGGGGUCGGUGGCGGGGCCUCCGGGGGUCUCCUGGACCUGAAGGGGCCCUCUGCCAGCGCCCACGGAGCCAUGUCCUACGCCACCUACGAGGAGAAGAUGAACGGAAGCCUGCGUGGGGCCGUCAUGUCCCACGGCCUCAUGGGAAAGCCUGGCAAGGAGAACAUGGGCGACGAACCUGUGGAUAUGAGUGCAAAGAGAAGAGCGAGGGCUGACCGAGAGAGGAACCGAGCGCACACCCCAUCCCCAGAUGUGAUCGUUCUGUCGGACAACGAGGCCUCCAGCCCCAAGGCCACCUCCCGCGGGGAGGACCAGCUGAAAAGCGCAAACCUGGACAUGUUCAAGGGUAAGAGCUUGGAGGAGCGUCAGAAGGUGAUCAAGGCCCUACGAGAGGAGCUGCGUCUGGAGGAGGCCCGUCUGGUGCUGCUCAAGAAGCUCCGCCAGAGCCAGCUGCAGAAGGAAAACCUUGUGCAGAAGGUGCCCGUGGUGCAGAACAGCUCCUCCAUGGCACAGGGCUCGUCGGCGCACAGCGCUCAGGGCGGGAUGGCCAAGCUGCCCGUCAGGCCAGGCCUGCACAGCCAGGAGCCACAGAACCUGCGUUCCGUGCAGGGUCAUUCUGUGAUCCGGUCAGCAGCCAACGCUUCCAUGCCCCAGAUGAUGAUGUCCCAGCGGGUGAUCGCGCCCAACCCGGCCCAGCUGCAGGGCCAGAGGAUCCCGCAGAAGCAGGGGGUGAUGCGCUCCACCCAGGGCACCAUCAACAACACUGUGAGCUACCAGCAGGCCACCACUCAGCAGGUGUCUGCGUCCCAGCGUUCUGGCUCCUCGGCUCUCUACAUGAACCUGGCCCACAUGCAGGCGGCCGCCGCGGCUGCAGCAGCGGGGGCCGGCGGCGUGUCGGGCGUCUCAGGGGUGGGCGCUGCGGUCAGCCCCUCUCCGCUGCCCAGCCCUGGCGGAGGCGGAGGCCCCCAGUCCCUGCAGGACCAGGCCAGCAGCCAGGCGGCCGCCAAGCUGGCGCUGCGCAAGCAGCUGGAGAAGACCCUGCUGGAGAUCCCGCCGCCCAAGCCGCCCGCUCCGCUCCUCCACUUCCUGCCCUCGGCCGCCAACAGCGAGUUCAUCUACAUGGUGGGCCUGGAGGAGGUCGUCCAGAGUGUCCUCGACAGCCAGGGUAAAUUUGGGCCUCGAGCUCCCACAGAUCCGUUUGUGUGCGCCCAGUGCAAGACGGACUUCACCCCGCAUUGGAAGCAGGAGAAGAGCGGCCGUAUCCUCUGUGAGCUGUGCAUGACGUCCAACCAGAAGAAGGCCCUGAAGGCCGAGCACACCAACAGGCUAAAGAACGCCUUUGUCAAGGCCCUACAGCAGGAGCAGGAGAUUGAGCAGAGGCUGCAGCAGCAAAGCAACAGCAGCAGCAGCAGCAGCAGCAGCAGCAACAGCAGGCAGGCCGCGCUCUCGGCUGCCAGCUCUGCCGUGACCGUCCCCAGCGUGAGCAAGGCCGAGUCCAUGAUCCGACACCAUGCCCUCCGACAGGCCCACCAGUCUCAGAGUAGCCAGUCUGCGGCCUCUCUGCAGCGGGGCCUGUCUAGCUCGGCGCGGGGCGUGCUCUCCAACUUCGCCCAGGCCCAGGCCUCCCAGCUGUCUGUGGCCAGCGGCCUGCUGGGCAUGACGGGCAAACACGGGGGCAGCUCCAGCAGCCGGGCACAGCACGACAGCCGCCGCCAGCUGUACAACAUCCCUGGUGUGAACAUUGCCUACCUGAACCCGGCCAACGUGGGCGGGCAGAAAGGCUCCAGCCUGGCCGACCGGCAGAGGGAGUAUCUACUGGACAUGAUCCCUCCGCGCUCCAUAUCUCAGUCCAUCACCGGCCAGAAAUGACCCCCCCCU